AUGCCUGCUCUAUACGAACAAUUCCUGCUGUUUGGAGACAGCAUAACCCAAGAUUCCUUCUCCCAAGAGCGCGGUUUCGGUUUCUCUGCAGCCCUCCAAGCUGCAUACAUACGACGACUCGAUGUAGUCAAUCGCGGCUUUAGUGGGUACAACACGCGCCAAGCUCUCCAGAUACUCCCUGCGAUCGUGCCUCCGCCAGAUCAGGCUAAGAUCCGGUUCAUGACCGUCUUCUUCGGUGCCAACGACUCGUCCCUACCAGAUGCGCCGAACAAGCAGCACAUUCCGCUCGACGAGUUUAUUCAGAACUUGAAGGACAUCAUUUUCCAUCCAAAGAUCAAAGCUCACAACCCUCGUAUCAUCCUGGUUGCUCCGCCCCCAAUCAACGAGCAUCUCUGGUGGCCAAGAGACCAGUCGAACGGGUAUACUAGCGUCUCGCGUCUAGCCAGUACGACCAAAGCAUAUGCCGAUGCAGUUGUCGAGCUUGGCGCUGAGCUCAAUCUUCCCGUCGUGAAUCUUUGGAAAACCUUCAUGGCGAAGACGGACUUCAAGGCAGACGCUUGGAAGCUCGGUGAUCAGCUGCCUGGGUCUCUAGAUGUUGCGCAGAAUGACGCCUUGGUGGAGCUCAUGUACGAUGGCCUCCACUUCAACCCGGCAGGCUAUGAUAUCUUCUAUCAAGAAUUGAUGAAGGUAGUUGAACAGCAGUGGCCGGAUCAGAUGCCCGAAAAGCUACCCAUGGUAUUGCCGCCUUGGAAUGAUCAAGAAGCAUGGAAGGCAUGGGAAGCCACUCAGACAUCUUAG